CUAAUUGAACUUCGCCCAAUCAACAAUAACUCGUUAGCAGUCGCUUUCUUUUUCUUGCUGCUUGAGACAGCUUUUUCCCCCUUGCAGGGAUUCACCCCCUCCAGUCUGUUACUUCCUAAAGAUCUACAUGGAGCUUGGCAGAGGAGCUGCGACUCUCUGAGGGGGAAUACAGUCCGGCUGCCUUUACAACUACGCCCGAAGCAUGGUUAUUUUGGAGGAAAGUUCUCAGGCGAGCUAAGUUGCGGCAUUCGGCUUUAAGUGUCAAAAUAUAGAGGGGUCUGCGAGAACGCCUAGCACCAGAGGAAACACUUGUGGACGCUUAAAACUGCCAUUUGAAUGAAAUAAUCAACUUUCCUGGAAGCAGCGAUUCUUCGGGACUGCGAUGACCUCCAGUAAAGACAUGAAGGCAGGCUCGGUGUUACAGUCAAGCGGCGAGGAGAGGAGACGGGCUCCCUUGGACCAGCUGCCACCACCGGCCAACUCCAACAAGCCUUUGACGCCGUUCAGCAUUGAGGAUAUCCUUAACAAACCCUCGGUAAAGAAGUCAGUCGCCAGUAUCUGUCCGCCGAGAGUGCUGGAGAAAGUAACGGGCUCUAACUCUGCGAGGAACGGGAUCACCACUCCCUCCUCGCCGCUGUGCGCACUGGAGGAGCUCGCCAGCAAAACGUUUAAGGGUCUAGAAGUCAGCGUUAUCCAGGCAGCAGAAGGUAAAGACUGUCGUGAGCAUGUCAACGCUUUCGGACAGAGGCAGACGUCAAAAAAGAGGAGAAAGUCGCGGACAGCCUUCACAAACCACCAGAUUUACGAGCUGGAGAAGAGGUUUUUGUACCAGAAGUACCUUUCUCCGGCCGACCGCGACCAGAUCGCGCAGCAGCUGGGGCUCUCCAACGCGCAGGUGAUCACCUGGUUUCAGAACCGCAGGGCCAAACUCAAGCGGGACCUGGAGGAGAUGAAAGCGGACGUGGAGUCGCUAAAGAAAAUCAACCCACAGACCCUGCAAAAGCUCGUCAGCAUGGACAGCAUAGAGGAGUCGCAGGGUGGGGGCCCCGAGGCCAGGUCGCCCAGUGUCUCCCCCACCUCGCAAGGACACCGGGCCUUCCCACAGUCCCCCUCCUCAUCCAGAGACCAAACCACGGAUGAAUUCUCGGAGGACGACGAGGAAAUCGAGGUGGACGAUUGACAGUCAGGGGGGCUGUGGUUUUCAUAAGCAACAACAAAAAAGAAUAUUAAAAAGGGGGCAUUUUUUUUCUUCCCAAACUUUUGC